UAAGGCUUCUAGAGGCCCAGUAACUGAUGAGGACCGGGCUCAGCAAGGGGCGGGGCUCAAGGGCUGUGGCAGCGACAGAGCUAACGUCCGUGAGGGUGGGGCUCAAUGCGGGCGGGGUUUAGAGCUCUCGCGGUGACAGAGCCGAUGCCCCGCGCGGGCCCAGUGAGGGGAGGGGCUAAGGGCUCGGCAGCUUUCGUAGCCCACGCGUUCGGAAGCGGGGCUCGAGUGAGGGAUGGGGAUUUAGAGCCCUCGAGGCUACGCAGCGGACGCUACAGACUGGGCCUAUCGGGAAGGGGCGGGCUCAGUGAGGGCGGGGUUAGGGCUUAGCCGCGACGAUGCCGGGGGCGGGGCUCACAGGGAAAGAGCGGGCGACCGUCACAGGGGUCGACGGGCAGCGCACGGCCAGCCAGGGGGUUGACGGCGGCAGGGGGACUGGCCGGGCCAGCUGGGUGCACGGCGUGCCGGCGCCAUGACAGACCUACUGUGACCGCCUGGUCCAGGACAUGCCUUUCCUCACAGGCCUUGGGCGCCUGAGUGAGCAGCAGGUGGACAGGAUUAUCCUCCAGCUGAACCGCUACUACCCCCAGAUCCUCAGCAACAAGGAUGCGGAAAAGUUCCGGAACCCCAAGGUAUCUCUGCGAGUACGUCUCUGCGACCUCUUGGGCCACCUGCAGCGGAGCGGUGAGCGGGACUGCCAGGAGUUCUACCGGGCUCUGUACAUCCACGCCCAGCCCCUGCACAGCUGCCUGCCCAGCCGGCACACCCUGCAGAACUCAGAUUGCACAGAGCUAGACUCGGGCACCGCAGGCCGUGAGCUCAGUGACAGGGGUAACCGCCUCCCAUGUCCCUUCUCUCUGUUCCCCCACCCAGGGCUCCAUCUCUGCCUCGGGGGCUUCUCCAUUCCAAGUCGGGUUCUGUUUCUGGCUUCCUGUUGGACAGACCCCCUCAGGGUGCUUACUGGGGACGUCCCUGCCCAGCUGACCACAGCACAGGGUGUGAGCCUGUCCCUCGAGGCCUCUGGACCCCUCCCCGCCCUCCUGGGCUUGGGGAGCUGCUCACGUGCAUUUCUCCCCAGGACCCGUGGCCUUCCUGACCUGUCUCGGCCUGGCCGCAGGGCUGGCACUCCUCGUCUACUGCUGCCCCCCAGGUGGGUGCUGCCUGGCCAAGCCUCAGCCCAGUCCUCUCCAGACCAUGGGGCAGAGCCCUGCCGGAUGGACGGAGGCCUACACCUGAGGCCCCCUACUUGUGGCCCAGCGUGGCAGCCCUGCGGUUCCUUUCCUGCCAUGCUGACCUUGUCAAGGUCCUGUGUGGGGAGCCAGUGGCAAGCAGGCCCACUCGGCAUGGGGACCCCACAUCACUCAGGUGUGGGGCUAGCGAUGCCAUGAGGCUGAGAGAAGGCGCCUUCUCGAUGGGUUCUGAGACCCCCUUGUCUUCCAGACCCCAAGGUGCUGCCAGGGGCCCGGCGUGUCCUGGGCUUCUCCCCUGUCAUCGUCGACAGGCACGUCAGCCGCUUCCUGCUGACCUUCCUCAC